AAAUAGAAAUCAUUAUUCUAAACAUGAAAAUUGAAAUUCUCCCAGUCCUCCUCGCCCAUUUCCUUUCAUCUUUUGAUCCAUAACUCAAAAAGAAGAGUAAAUAACUUUAAUACUCCAUCAUCAAUGCCCCUUUGACCAAUCUCAUCAAUGAUUUCAUGAUUUGAUUUCCACUCUCACCAAAUCCAACCCAAAGUCUAUACCAUAUAAAUACACGCAUACAUGUUCUGACAUUUCUCCUUCCUAUAAAAUCAAUGCUCUCCAUAAGGGGAAGAAAACAUAUAACCAAAACAGAGAGACCGAGUUCUCUACUCUGUUCUUCGUUUUCUUCUUCUUGAAGAACCCCUAUCUGUACCAGUAAAAUCUAUUAGCGGUCGUCAGUUUCAUUACGUGGGCAUCUGGAAUCACCAAUUAGUGAAAUAGCAGUCGUCAUUGCAGUUGUAUCAUAAAACCCACCCACCUUCUUUUUCCCCUUCCUUCAUUUCUUUAUUCCAUUUUCACGGAUCCGUAUUCUCUAAGACCUUUUCUCCUGUACAAGUAUUUAUAAAAUCCUUAGCUCUAUUCCCUCUAUCGAGAAAAACCCAUUUCUCAAAAUCUAAUCUUUCUCAUAGUAAAGGCCAUAACAAAAGAAAAUAAAAAUGAGUCUGGAAUCAACCACUUCACCAUCCUCCUCUGUUCAGAUCAAGCAAUCGAGAAGAUUACCUGAUUUUCUACAGAGUGUGAAUCUUAAAUAUGUGAAACUGGGUUAUCAUUAUCUUAUGAGUCAUUUGCUGACUCUUUGUUUGGCUCCUUUAAUAGCUGUUAUUAUCGUUCAAGCAUCACAAUUUAACCCCGAUGAUAUUCGUCAACUUUGGCUUCAACUUCAAUACAAUCUUGUUAGUGUUCUUGUAUGUUGUGUUUUUGUUGUUUUUGGAGGUACUGUUUAUAUCAUGACUAGACCCAGAUCCGUUUUUCUUGUUGAUUAUGCUUGUUAUAAGCCACCAGCUAAUCUUCAGGUGAAGUUUCAUCAAUUUAUGGAGCAUUCUAAGUUAACUGGUGAUUUUGAUGAUUCUUCAUUGGAAUUUCAGAGAAAGAUUUUGGAAAGAUCAGGUCUUGGUGAAGAAACUUAUGUACCUGAAGCUAUGCAUUAUAUUCCACCAAGACCAUCAACGGCAGCAGCUAGAGAAGAGGCAGAGCAGGUGAUGUUUGGUGCAUUGGAUAUUCUAUUCGCUAAUGCUAAUAUCAAGCCAAAAGCUAUUGGUGUUCUUGUUGUAAAUUGUAGCUUGUUUAAUCCAACACCAUCACUUUCCGCUAUGAUUGUUAAUAAGUAUAAAUUGAGAGGGAAUAUUAUGAGUUUCAAUCUUGGGGGUAUGGGGUGUAGUGCUGGUGUUAUAGCUAUUGAUCUUGCUAAAGAUUUGCUGCAAAUUCAUAGGAAUACUUAUGCUGUUGUUGUUAGUACCGAGAACAUCACACAGAACUGGUAUUUUGGGAACAAGAAGUCAAUGUUGAUACCGAAUUGUUUGUUUAGAGUAGGUGGUGCUGCAGUUUUGCUGUCAAAUAAAUCUGCAGAUAGGAGGAGGGCUAAGUAUAAGCUUGUUCAUGUAGUUAGGACUCAUCGCGGAGCUGAUGAUAAGGCUUUUAGGUGUGUUUAUCAGGAACAGGAUGAUGCUGGUAAAACUGGGGUUUCUCUGUCUAAAGAUUUAAUGGCAAUUGCCGGUGGAGCACUUAAGACUAAUAUCACCACUUUGGGUCCUUUGGUUCUUCCAUUAAGUGAACAACUUCUGUUCUUUGCAACUUUGGUUUCCAAGAAGUUGUUCAAUGCCAAAGUGAAGCCAUAUAUCCCGGAUUUCAAGCUUGCUUUUGAACAUUACUGUAUACAUGCUGGGGGAAGAGCAGUGAUUGAUGAACUUGAGAAGAAUUUGCAACUGCUGCCUGUCCAUGUUGAGGCAUCUAGGAUGACUCUGCAUCGAUUCGGUAACACUUCAUCAAGCUCUAUUUGGUAUGAGUUGGCUUAUACUGAGGCAAAAGGUCGGAUGCGGAAGGGGAACCGUGUUUGGCAGAUAGCUUUUGGAAGUGGUUUUAAAUGCAACAGUGCAGUGUGGGAAGCUUUAAGUAAUGUUAAGCCCUCUACGAGUAACCCAUGGGAAGAUUGCAUUGACAGGUACCCGGUGCAGUUAGUUCUGUAGUUAGAGAAAGUCUAUUUGGAGAAAUGUACUUUGAUAGGCAAUUACUUUAAUACAUUCUUCUGGCCUGUUUACUGUAUUUUUCUUUUUCAAUAGAUUGGGUUAGGUCAUGUGUGUUUUGAUUUUGAAAUUCAUGGCGUCUAGCCUGAAGGUUCUCGAGUGACAGAAGGUGCAACCUCUGUUCAUCUUUUUGAUGGUUUCAUAAGUUUGAUGCUGAAUGUAGACGAAAUAUGGUGUGUCUUCUGUUUCUUUGAAGGGCUUAAAAAGCAUUGGACUUUUUAAUCUAUUUAGUCUUCAAUAGAAUGUGAAAUAUAAAAGUUAUGGUUUA